AUGGCGCUACUCAGAGCCGCUCCCGUACUCCAGCUCCGUUCCAUCCUUUCUCGCCACGCCUUCUCUUCGUCAGCAUGCUACUGUCGUUCGCUCCGUUCCUCACAUGCACUCGCGCGCUCGCGCCACUUGGUCAAAACAAGGCAAUCCUCUCCACCUGGGGCAUGUUAUAUUUAUGCCGGCGUUUUUUGUUUGAGGCGCAUGACAUGUUUCUCCUCUCAGGACGUCGGUUAGUCCUCUGCCAAGGAGCAAUGAAGCUGGUACAAGUAGGGCGUUCAUGUCCUCAGCCCUUGCGUCGGAAGCUUCUCAGGAAAAGGCAGGAUCCCAAGCAUACGGAUCCGAGCAGAUUCAGGUAAACUACUGGAGUUUCUGAGUUCAUUUUCCGCGGUUUGGUCUCGGUUGCGACGAUUUUUCAAAUGGAAUUCACGUUGAUCAGACUUCUUUCCUUAUUUCCUUUCUCCAUAAAUAUCCUAAUGUACGAUGUAGACGAUGAAGGAUAUUUCUAGCUAUUACGCAUAUUUGGACGUAUAUUUGAAACUUAUACACUGUAGAUUUUCAUUUAAGCUUCUCUUUUUCUAACGACGAAACAACCGAUAAAUAUUUUCACUUUUUACGAUUCUGAGGCUAAGGUGACUCUUCCAUAUUGAUGUUUGGAUCGCAGAAGUGUCCUUUGAUGUAGAAGAUCGGUGGGUAGUGUUUCUUCAGUGCAAGGGGACAUCAAGUGGUUAUAAGAAAACUUUCAAACAAAUCUGGAAAGGAGUUUUACAAGAAUUAGAGGUGGAUUUCCUCUUCAAUAUGCUUAGUGAACCAUUUCGAAUGAUAUAACUGAAAAGUUUCCUGGUGACAACAAGUUCAUGGGUACUGGUAUGUGUGAAGGCUUUCGCUGAUAAUGGAUACAGUAGCGUCAUGUAAUUAAAUACCCUUUGGAACUAGUCUCAUUCCUGUAAUUUUUCUGACGACUGCCCCUGACAAAACGUCCGACAGUGUAAGGAAGAUACUAUGAGGCCAUACCCGAAAAUCGGUAUACUAACUGGUGCGCAUGUUUUAGGGCUUAUAAACAGUGGCCCAGUUUGAUAUCCCUGUAUAGAGUCUAACCGUCAAAUUUACUUUCCAAAGGACGCCUAUGUUCUUGCGGGUCAGAAUGGCCCUAAAUACUCAAAGGUUACACUCUUAAAAGCUAGUUGUUUCGACAUCAUUUAACAAAUUUCGGUGAUUGGUUAUAGUUUACCUCAUUUAAUUUUAAAUAAAAUUUUCUCUCUUCAAUGGACAAUAUCUUGAAAAUAAAUUUAUAAUCUGACCGGAGACCCAUAUCAAUAUUAGUAAAAAAAAAAAGCUCUCAUCUUCCGGAGGUCAAUAGCUCUCUUCUCUGGACAGCAUGCAAAUAAAAUCAGAAAGCAGUAAUAAUAUUUAUUCAUAUAAUAAAUGCUAAAUUAAACUAAUAUUAAUGCAAACCAUUGGGGAAAAUGAUGGGAGCAGUGGGACUGGUGUUUUUCUAUUUCAUCUAAAGCUACCUGUGCUAAGGGUUUAAUGAUGUUUAACUAGGGCUGAAGGGGAAACUCAAAUUCAGUUGUUAAGAAAUUCAGCUAACAUUAGGUCGGGAUGAGGAAAGACAUUUAUGAAUAUUAUAGGGAGAGAAUGACAUGGUAAUUCCUGCCCGGCCUUCAUAUGUAAGCGCUCCUCUGGAAUUAACAAUUGUCAUGAUUGUGGUACCUUUCAAAGGUCAAUAUAAGACUACUUGAGUGCACUACGUACGAUAUCCAGGUGAUUCCACUCACUUUGGAUACGUUUCGUUUUUCUCUCCUGUUCUUGUGGUCUUCCAUUUUCUCUCCCUUUCAUCUAUUUAAGAAUCAAGUAUAGAUAACAUAAACUAGGCCUUUUCAAUACAAUGAAUAUGUUAUCAAAGAAGUUUAUCAACAAGAAGAAUCUGUGUUGGGAUGUUUAACGGGCCUGGCAGAAUAUGACGAUUUGAGUAAAUUUUUUAACAUUGAAAUUCGGUGUUGCUGCUAGGUUUUUGUAUAGUAUGAAUAUCUCUUUCUGUAUGAUGGGCCGAAUCUACUUCUUGCAUAUUCGGGAAUCUUUCCUGAUUUCAAAAAUAUAAUUGAAUUUUUUUAUUAUUAUAAUGCAUCUCCUGUUUCCAUGUACUUUUGGGGGUUUAAAAGUUGGAUAUUUUCUGAAUCAGAUGUGCUUUUAAUCAUACUAUUUUUUGUUUAACUCCUUGUCUUAACCAUACUUGACUUGAGGAUUGUGCAUUCAAGUUCAUUAUAUGCAAUGAACUCUGGUCCAUGGGGCCAUAAGAAUGCUUUGAAAAUGUCUAUUCAGGACCGUGGUUCUGAUUUGGCCUAGGGUUUCUGUUGUUGUAAACGGAGAUGUCUCUAGUUUCUGUGUUUUGGACUACUAACUGAUAAUGUGAAGAUCCCAAUGCCUUUUAGAGAGGUAUCUGGUAUAUCACUCGAAAUUGGUACCAACAUAAGCCUUUUCAAUGCUUGAUAUGAGCCGCAAUUUGUAAUUCAUCCUUCGAAUUUCUCUUAUAUGUCUACCAAUUUUCCGCUCAUUUUCUUUAUCAUUUACAUUUUGGAGUAUUGUGUUUGGAUAGAAUUGCACCACUCUUUGUGGGAACUAUUUCCUUAAUUACAUGAAAUGAUUCUUCCGAAUCCACCAAAAGAUCGUAGAGCCCAAUAUUAAAGUAAAUUGAAUGCUGUCAUUAGAUUAUAUCCAGGACCAGAGAAUAUAAUUGGAAUUGAAGUAUAGUUGGAAUUCAAAAAGGAAAAAAUGUUUUCGAGGGUGACUGAAAAUUUGCUGUGUGAUAAGACAUUGAGCUACAGCAAUUCUAAAUAUACACUGAGCUAAAGGAUAGAAACUAGAACAAUGUUGUAUUCCCCAAGGGGUCCAAGUUAUACUCUUAUUUUAGAUCGUAUUUUUGGAUAUGUUUUUUGUCCUCAAUUUGACAAUUUUUCCGACUCCUUUGUAUCUCAGGUUCUCGAAGGCUUGGAUCCUGUCAGGAAAAGACCUGGGAUGUACAUUGGCAGUACAGGGCCUCGUGGUUUGCACCAUCUUGUACUCCCCUUCGCCAGUUUAGAUCCCUCUAUAUGCUAGAAUCAAUGUUUCUCACAUACUACUUUUACUCAUUUCUUCAAUUGUUCUCAUGAUGCAUAGGUGUAUGAGAUUUUGGAUAAUGCUAUAGAUGAAGCUCAGGCUGGCUUUGCCACCCGGGUAGAUGUUGCUUUACUUGAGGAUAACUCUGUGAGCGUUACUGAUAAUGGACGUGGGGUAUGUACCUUCUUUUUUCUAGAACUUUUUACGUGUUGACGGAAAAUGGCUGCGAAAAUUCUUAUAAAGGAUUUAGUAUCAUUCAGCAGAUUAUCAUUGAUGUUGUUUACCAAAGAGAACAUUCUAUGUUUUAUACCUGCAUUUUAAGAGGGGCAAUAUUUAUACGAAUCGGGAGUUUCAAUGAAUCAUGAUUUCUCUGAAUUUUCGUAUAUCAGUCACUGGAUGUUCAUAUUUUUCAUAGUUCCUCAUAGGUAUGUGCUUAUAUUUUUACUUUAUAACGGUUAUAUUGGACUACCUUUGCAAUAAAUGUAACAUUAUUUCAUGUUAUUUAUGUUGUGCAGAUUCCCACUGAUAUACAUCCUACUACGAAGAAGUCUUCAUUGGAGACAGUUCUGACGGUACUCUUUCUUUCUAAACAGUGCACUGAUCAUUGUAUACAAGUCUUCUAAUUGACCAGGGAACAAUAGAAUUUCUUCAGUCCUGUCUGAGUCAUACUACAUAACGGAAGCUGCAAACUAUUUAUGUACGAAGGUAUUUUUGGAAGGAUGUGUUUGAAGAGUUUUACGUGGGACCAUUAAAGACUAGAAUUUCCAGCUAAGAUGAAUUCCAAUCUCAAUAUUUUAUUACAGGAGUCGUGUUUUCAAAUGAUUCCAAAAUGAACACCAUAAAAUUAUUAAAGAAACUUGAAUUCUAGAUAUUUUAUAACUCUGUUUUUAGUUUUCUUACAUCUGUUCAAGUUGUUGCCUUGACAAAUGGAUUAUGUUACAAAUUGCUCUAGAAUUCAUGCUCCUGUGUUCUUAUUUUUAUUUAAUAGAAGAUAUUCCAUCUUUACUUUACUUUUUCCUCCACAUGAUUAUGAAAGUACUCUCGUUUGUUCCUUUAUUUUUGUUCUUUUGUUCAAUGAAUCCUAAUGAACUAAAAUACUCAACAUCAUGUGUUUUUUAACAAAUUUAUCUAUUCUGAUACAAUAUUUUUGAACCAUGUAGGUUUUACAUGCAGGAGGCAAAUUUGGUGGUUCCAGUAGUGGCUACAGUGUCUCUGGGGGAUUGCAUGGUGUAGGCUUGUCUGUUGUUAAUGCCUUGUCUGAGGUCCUUGUCUUCAUCUUCUUAUUGAUUUUGGUUCAUUAGUUCGGGUUAUGCUACCAUAUCAGAUGAAUAUUUUUUUUUGAAAGUUAGACUGAAGUGUUUUUUUCGUUGUCAAUAAACAGAGUUUUUUAAUCUCAGCAUUUAUUCAUACGUCGUAUAUGAAUUCAGAUGAUAUCCAAUAUGUCAACCAAAAUGUGUGCACUUUCACGUUCUGUCUCAAAUAGUAUUUGAGUUAUGAGGAAUCAAAAGAGAGCGACUGGGGGUUCCUAGGAAAAUGUUUGAACAAUGAACGGAGGGUUUUUUAUGAAGCUUGGAUAUGUUAUCUUUAAAGAUUAUGCAGUGAAUUAAUCACAUUUUCGCAUGAAUGAAUGCAUAUGGCUAUCGUGUCUCUUUAUUUUCAACAUAGUACGCAUCUGUCCCCUAAAAAGAACCUUGUAUGACUGAAAACCCUCUCUAGAGUUCAUACAGGUGAAAUGCUGUCCAUUUACUACAUAAGGGAAAUUUUACAUAAAAAAUCUUCCGGUAGGUUUUUACAAUUAUCAAAACAUCAGGGAGCAUUUGAUCUGUACGUUGAUUCUGAGGUUUUUUCUUGGAAAGUUCUUAUAUUGAAGGUCGUGCCUAUGACAAGUACGUUUUCCAGUUGUUUUUUAGGUUGUAUGUUGCUCAGUGUGAGAAACUGACUUCUUUUGGAAGUCAGUUAUGCCUUGACUGUAAUGAAUCAUCUACUCAUUCUUGUACACUCUUAGUCAACUUAUGCACAUGGAUCCAGGCGUUAGAGGUCACUGUUUGGCGAGAUGGCAAGGAGUAUCAGCAGAAGUAUUGCCGUGGAAAGCCGCUGACGACUCUGAUGUUCCGUCCACUGCCAGCUGAAUUAAGUGAUCGUCAAGGGACGAGUAUCAGAUUUUGGCCUGACCGAGAAGGUGCCCAUCUCUUCCAUUUUUCUCGUUAAUGUUUGUCAUAUUUACACUAUCUAAUAACGUGCUUUCUUUCUUUUGAUGCUGGUUUACUUGGAAAGGAUGCCAUUUUAAUUAUAUAUAUUUCUCUUCUUUUGCAGUAUUUACCUCUACAAUCAUGUUCGAUUAUAACACUAUAGCCAGUCGUAUUAGGGAAUUAGCUUUUCUGAAUCCAGAGGUACCUUUUCUUAUUCUUAUGUCAAUGCUGAUUUCUCUUGUUUUGUGUUACUGCCAUAUACUUUGCUUUUAAUAAUGUAACCCAUGGUUUGAGGAUGGAAUUAUUUUAGGUGUCAUGCCACUAAUAUGAUAAAAAAGUUAAAUACGAAGUAAAACGAGUAGGGAAAAUGAUAUAAGUACCAUGGAAGAUGGGGAAACGCAAGAAGAUUCUUUUCUUAUUGACCAAGGUGGUUGAUGGGAAGGAAAAAGCAAACUAGAGCAGCAAGUUUUUCCUACUGGAUAAUAUUUAGUUGGCCCACUUGAAGAUUAUUUCCCAUAUCAAUUGCUGUUAGCCAGGUGGAAACAAACAAUAUAGUAGUAUUGAUCAUUGUCAAGCCCUGAGAUCGUGAGCGGAGAAACCCCAAAUCUUUGAUAAGGGUGAAAAAUAACUCAGGAUUUGGUAUUUACACCAGAUCCACAGUACAGUGGUUGAAACGGGCCCGGCCGGAUUGGUUCGACACUAAGCAGUAAAAUUCUGGAUAAGAAAAAUACAAUAAAGAAAGGAAAAUAUUACGACUCAUUCCGACAAUCAUGUUUCGUAUUUAUUGGAAUUGUCUGUUCUCACUAUUAUGACCCAUAGGAUUUCUGAUACGUGUUUGAUUCACUUGUCAAAAUCGGCUCUUAGACGCACAGAUGGCCAAUUGCAGCAUAUCAAUUGUAUUUGAGUAAUUCUUUAUUUGACAGUGCACUAUAUAAUAGAUAUAUUAUUGAAAGUCUUCCACUAGACAUGAUAAUUCCGCAUCUCACGGAUAGAUGGUUUAUGGUUUCCUCAUGCAAAGCACAUUUAUGUUGAAUAUUAGGCUUGAAAAUUCGGAUUCUGUCACUUGUUAGGAGUCUCUUUUGGCUGAUGUCGGAAUAAAAAUUGACUUUCUAGGGGAAUUUAUCUUCCCAACCUCAUGAACUUUUUACCAAUGACCUAAUGGUGAAUGCCAUUCAUCUCCAAUUUCUUUUGCCACCUUGAUUUCUUGUCAACACGAUAGGAUGAUGGAUAUGAAGUUGUUUGAUGUGUUCAGCAAUUUCUCCCUCAAUCAAUGUUUCUCCUGGAAUAAUUCCAAUUAUCGUAUGCCCAAAUUUUAUAGAUGUUUUUGUUCUUGUCUGGGGAUAUGUCACAUAAUUGCUACAAUUUGAAAGCUAGAACAGUACCUAGGAUCCGCUUGUUCUUGCAAAAUGUCAGCAUUUUUCCAUUGCCUGUCUGAAACCAGACUAAAUAACUAAUAAUUGCGUUAGUUUAAUUUUUUUCACCACAUUGCAUACACUCUAGAAUUGCUCAUUGGAAGAAAACGCCAACCACUCCCGUUUCUGAACAAAGUUUCUCUUAGAAUAUUGGGAGGUAACAAGUUGCCUUCUUCUACUCUCCAUAACCAUAUAACCAGUGCCUUAUUGGGAAAAUCCUUUUUAACUGAACCACCUCCUUCUUCCUUUAUUCAUUUGCAGAAUUUGUUCAAAUUGAUUAUAUACACUUUUUGAGCCACUAUUCACUCCACUCCACAAAAAAAAAAGUUGCUUCUUGUGAAAUCAUCUUCCUCCUGUUGCAAGUAAUAUCAGUAAGCUUCCGGAAAUUAAUCAGAAAUUUGAAAUGGACAAACAGUUACUGAAGACUGAAAAUAUUUUUGCCGCUCUCAAUUGUUUCAUUAAUUCAUGGGUUGAUGUUUGACUCCUGAGUCGCCCGUGUUUCGCUUCUAAUUUCUGUGUGAGUAUUUUUUACAAUAUUGCUUGUACUUCAUUUCAACAGUUGACGAUCACCUUAAAGAAAGUUGGCGAGGAAUCAAACAAGACACAAUAUACAGAGUACUGCUAUGCUGGCGGGUUGGUCGAGUAUGUGAGAUGGCUAAAUUCUGAUAAGGUAUCUACUAUUGAUAGUUAAGCUUGUUUUAUAAAUAACAGAUAUGUUGGUAUUCAAAAUGAAAUCUGGGGCGAUUGUUGGACAACUUCGAGCAUUGAUUUAAUUCACCGAUCGAUUCGUAUUAUUUUCCAAUUUCAAUUCUCAAGCGUUAUAGUGUUUUUUUAUUCUUCCUGGAGUUGCAUGAUACCACACCCGGAAUAUGUCAAGUUUGAUUUAUUUUUAGCAGAAAAUGACCUUGUUUGCUAUCGUGCUUAAUAUUGAUAAUAUUUUUAUCUGAUCCAGAAACCAAUUCAUGACACUGUAGCUUUCAGAAAGGAAACGGAUGGCAUCACUGUGGAUGUAGCUCUUCAGUGGUAAGAGUCCUAUCUCAUGGUCAGUAAUAGUAGUCACAUGAAUAUUUGUCGUUUUUCCUUGUGUUCUGUCAGCCUUUAAGUACUGUUAUCAUUUCUUUGUGCGAAAGUAGAAAACUUCCCUGGCAAUAUACUCCACGGUACAUUGAUUUUAUGCACAAGGUGUAAAAUGUGUUUAGAUAGCUUCAUUGCUGAUUGCGAUCUCUGUCAGGUGCUCAGAUGCAUACGCAGAUACAAUGCUCGGAUAUGCUAAUAGCAUACGCACAGUGGAUGGUGGCACACAUAUUGAUGGCAUGAAGGCUUCUUUAACCAGAACAAUCAACAACUUUGGCAAGAAAUCAAAGGUCAUCAAGGUAAACCUCUCAGUGUUCUGUUAUCGUGAUGAUUUUUGUGCAGUUAAAUGUUAGUGAGGAUGAACUCGGCAUGCUGGCUGUCUUGCUUUGAUUCUCAAUGUCACUUCAUGUUAGCAUCUUUCUAUCCUACGUGACUUGCUAGUUUGAAAGGAAAAGGGACCUUGCCCUCGUUCUAUUCUAUCACCUUCCAUCUGCUAGCGGUCUCCUAAAUCUCAUUGACAACACAUACUAGGAACUUAGCCUAAGAUUGUAAAUUCGAGCCCUUCUUCUGCCAAAUAAUCAAUUGAACACAAUCAAUGUCGUUCCCCUGCUUCUUUUAUCUUUUGACAUGUUUAACUCUGGGAUCUGCUAAAAAUGUGAUCGUUUCUCAGGAGAACAUAGCUGAUAUCAUGGCUUCAAGCUAACUUAUCUGCACACUCAAAUAUCUGUAGUGUUUAAUUUCCAUACCGCCUUGAAUGUUCGAAUUACGGUUUAAACCCUUGUAUUCUUCUCACCUCUGGAUUGUUUUUCCACUUAUGAAUAGAUGGAACAAAGCCUGGCCUUGGUUUUGUCAAGUUCGCUCAAAACAUAAUUUUCUCUGAUUCUGUCUCACCUGAAUCCAUUUCCUUUUUUGCAUUUUAUUCUUUCUAUGUCAUUCGAGACAGUGUCCAAGAAAGCCUCGCAUCUAUAGGUCGUUUGUAACACUGUUAAACAGGGUCAUUUUUUGUUGCUUAUCAUAUAUAUGAAAAAGCCAAUAUAUUAGGAAGCAGAAUCUCCAUUGUGAUCAUUGUUCAGAACACUAGCUAUACACCACUAUAUGGUGAAACGUGUAAUCUUUGAAAUAAAAUGUAACUGGAAAUUAGACUAGUAUUACCACUGUUUUCUGAAUUAAAUAUUUAAAUUUAAAUACUUCUUCAUUUUAUUGAUCUUAGUGUUAUUUUGGGUCCAGAUUUCGUCAGUGAAAUGCUUCUCUAUUUCUUCGUUGGUUUUCUACUUAGAUUUUUGUGCCAUGUUAGUGCUUUAUGUUAUCAUUCUUUCCUGUCCACGAAAGUGGGACAAUGUUGAAAGAGAUCCUGGAAGAAGUUCUAUAUUCUGAAAUUUAUAAUUAUCGCAAGCCAGGUAAAGUGAGCAUAUGGUUGUUUUAUGGAUUUAAUUUUCACUUUAAUGUUCAUAAAAUGUUUGCUUUACUGUAAAAAUUAAUAAUUUAUCAGUUCUUUUUCCUUCGUUAAUGUGGGUUGUUCUGUUCCAGGAGAAGGACAUUAGUUUCAGUGGAGAACAUGUACGGGAGGGAUUGACUUGUAUUGUUUCAGUCAAGGUACCAAACCCUGAGUUUGAAGGUCAAACAAAGGUAUGCCUGUUUUUUCAUUUCAAUCGUAAUUUUUAGAUCUCCAUUCCUUCAGUGGGAAGUUACCCUUACAUCUUUUUUAAUAUGUAUAAACCCGUUUUUUAUCUCCUCCUUUGGCAGACAAGAUUGGGAAACCCAGAAGUACGGAAGAUAGUUGAACAGUGCGUCCAGGAGCAGUUUACAGAGUACUUAGAGUUGCAUCCAGAUGCACUAGAUUUGAUUCUCUCUAAGUCUCUUAAUGCUCUAAAGGUACUUUAGUAAAAUUUGGCCAUCUUGUGUAUAGGGUGUGUUCACUUCCGAUACAUAAGAUGUACUAGAUUUGUUUUCUUUCCUUUUUGGGAUUGUUUUUCUGUUAUAUCUUUAGUGAUCAAUCAACUCCAUCUGCUUCUAUCAUUAUCAUAUCAUGUGUAGAUUCUCGACUUCCUAGUGUCCAAUCCAUUGCUAUAUUUUUCCACAUAAGAGUCGAUUGCAUCUAUAGGGUCACCUCGUCAGAUUAGAGUGACUUCCAUGCACAAUAUUUACUUUUUCAGGCAGCUUUGGCAGCAAAAAGGGCCAGAGAAUUGGUAAGAACAAAAAGCGUCCUCAAAUCAUCUUCUCUUCCUGGGAAAUUAGCUGACUGUUCUUCUACCAAUCCUGAAGAAUCUGGUACGUUUUCUUUUCUUUUCCGGAUUCAUUAUUGUAGAUAAUGAGUUUGCACUAGUUACUAUACAAUUUUUCUAUUUUUUUCAUGUGAACCCAUAUGUGUUACACUGUAGAAUCAGUUUUAUAUUUGUAGGAUAACAAACAUAAUGCUGAUGGAUCUUCAGAACUGAUCAAAUUUGUUGUUGGACUUAAAGUUUACAGUGCUGAUUUAGCCUUUGCUCAUGAGUUGAGCGACGUACUAAAUUUUGUAUUUGUGUGAACAAUAUUUAGCCUUCUGUGGGCAGAUAAAACAUUGCUUAGAACUUUUGAAGAUUUCUGCUUAAUUUUUCAGAAGGCUCAAGAUUAAAUAACCCCCAAAUAUUUUUCGGAAGGUCAUAACAACGAAGAGAACAUUAUAGAAGUAACCAUUGUUUAUCGAAGAUUGUAUACUAUGUUCUCGUUCGCGAAUUGGUUGUCGUUGAGUCAUCUGUUUACUAUCUUAUGUGAGAAGGGUGGGCUUUGGCUCUUCAUAUUGUGCCCUUUCUGGUAUUAACCACAUAAGAAAAAAGGUGCCUCAGAAUUUGGGAAAAUCUGGAAGUGGGAAGUAUAGGUUAACAUUCUUUUUUUAUACUUUCGACAUGAGCCGCUAAUAUUAUCCUCUGCAACAUACUGAAUGCCAGCAGAGUAGCAGUUGAGGGUAUACAAUCCUUUAUUUUACUGUGUGUUUUACGGAGAAUACGAUCUUAAAUUGACUGACAUCAAGAUCAAGAUAGGUUUGCUCAAUGGGAACUUGACUGGACUACAGAAAGCCCGUUCUCAUUAAAAUGCGUGCUGUAUAUUGAGAUCAAAGUGAGGGAAGAGGAUGGGAUAGGCCAUCAGAUAGCAAGAGAGCUUGGCUUCCGCAAAAUUUUGAGGGUGACCUGUUGGUUCUGUGGCAUCAUUCCUCAGGCCUGAGAUGAUGAAUAUUUCUGUGACAUGCACAAAAUCGACUGAAAGCUUUUCUUUCUCUGGUUGUGGUUGGGACUGAAAUUGUUGGUUAUAUAGAUGCCACACCAGUUGCAUGAAAAUGGACUCGUCAACCAUUUCAUACUUUGAGAACCAGGGGAGUUCAUUUCUGAAGGACCACCACCAUCCCGUGUUAUGUCAUUACUUCCCUGCCUCCACCAUGUUCCUAUUUCCCUUUCCUACAGCCCACGCUUUACUCAAUACCGCUACUCUUCCUGAGUUUCGUUGUUUGAUCCUGCUAAUGGUUCCUGAUGUUUCUCAUUCCUGUGCAUGGUGCUGCUUUGCGUCUGUACCAAAGAGACGCUACAUCAAUUACUUAUCGCAUGCUGUGUUGUGAUCUGAUUUUUUUAAAAAAUGGCACAUCUUUAAGAUGUAUAUUGACAUGAAAGCCACAAACCACGUAGAUGUAUAUUGUUAAAGUUUUCACAAUUUUUAAAGAAAAUUAAGUGACCCCAAUUCCGAAAUCCUACAAACCGAGGGUUGUCAGGAGCAUUUCACCGUCUGCAAAAAGAUGUCUGCGGGACAGAUGAACACGGUACAGUGCACGCUAUAUCUCGGAGUUUGACACAGAAGCUAUAUAGAUUUGGGUGAUUUCGCAUCCUCAGUUUCCUUCAUUGAUAGACUUGUCAGAUCAUGUUUCUCCACUUGGUUCUGAUAUGGUACUAUAAUGCUAUGGGAAUGGAAGUAGUUAGAUGGAAAUUUUUGGUGCUCAUGUGUGUUGUAUUGCUCGCCCUUCAAUAUCUCACGUUUCAUAAACGUUUCAGAAAUAUUUAUCGUUGAGGGGGACUCUGCUGGUGGUAGCGCAAAGCAAGGCCGUGAUAGGCGAUUUCAGGUGAAACUCCUUGACUUUUGCUCAUGGUUGAACACUUUCAUGCAAUGCAUGUGCCAGAGAUCAGCGAAUUUCCAUUUUUCAUAUUUUUGAUCAUCAUGGCAUCAAAAUGGACAUCAGUUUUUUUUUUUUUUUUUAUCACCGGGAGAUGGAAGGAUUUUGUUAGAUUAGCAAUACUGGAUUCUACUUUUCCUUAUUAGUCUCGUGAUUUCAUUCGUCUAAAAAAUCUUGAGGUUUGAUGAUAAUUUUCACUUUAUAUUCGUACUUUCUUUCGUAUGUUGAUUGAAACCUCAGCCUAUUACGGAGAGAGAGAGAGAGAGGAUGGAGUGUGAGGCAUAGUAACCAGGAAGAAAGGCAGUUUUCUGGUCACAUUCUCUUGAAAUGACCACCAUUCAACUCGAAUUUCUCUGCCCUGCAUUCCGUAGAAGGACAAAAAAGUGUGUCAAUAAUUUCCUAUGAAAUUCCUAAUUAUGAACUAGAAAGCUAAGGCCAAGGUCCCACAAAUUGCUGUCCACAAACAUUUCUUUGGGACGGAGAGAAUACACCAUUACUGCUAUUGCUGCUUUAAUUUAGUUUUUCUUCGUAAGCUUCUAAAUCUCUCUCUCUCUCUCUCUCUCUCUCUCUCUCUCUCUCUCUCUCUCACACACACACACACACACACACACACACACACACACACACACACACCCCUACCUGGAGGAUACCCGGAAUUUCUUAGAUUCCCUUAUUCUUCUGCAGGCUGUUCUUCCAUUGAGGGGUAAAAUCCUCAACAUUGAGAGAAAGGACGAGGCAGCAAUGUACAAGAACGAAGAAAUCCAGAACCUCAUACUCGCCCUUGGGCUCGGAGUGAAGGUUCUGGCAAUAUCCUCCUCUCCUUUCACCCUCAGCCUUAACCCAUUUAUCAUCAGCCUGAUCUUAUGCCUUCUCUCAGGGAGAGGACUUCAAGAAGGAUGCUCUCCGCUACCACAGGAUAAUCAUCCUCACGGACGCUGACGUGGAUGGCGCUCACAUCAGAACCCUCCUGUUGACUUUCUUCUUUAGAUACCAGGUGGGCCCCUCGGGAUUCUCUCCCCCUCUUUCUCAGGCGCCAUCACUGUCUCUGAGAACUGCAGGUUUAACGGUGCUUCUCCCUGCAGAAAGCGCUGUUCGAUGAAGGAUGCAUAUAUGUAGGCGUUCCACCGCUCUACAAGGUACGCGUCGGCACCAUUGCCGAGAUCAGAAAGGCCUCCAUUUCCCAUUAUAGAAAGAGGGUUUCUCAGUUUUUCCGAAGUUUUCAGGUUGAGAGAGGCAAGCAAGCCCACUACUGCUACGAUGAAGCGGAGCUCAAACGCCUCCAGAGCAGCUUCCCCCCCAAUGCGAGCUACAACAUCCAGAGAUUCAAAGGUGAGGAUUUGAGAAGAAAGUAGACCCCGAUCCCCACCCCUGCUCAGUGUUUUUUCCCUCCGGUUGGUGUUUGUGCGGAUAUAUUCUUCCACAGAGUUGAAGUCCUCUCUGUAUUCUUACUCUCAGGCUUGGGGGAGAUGAUGCCUCUGCAAUUAUGGGAAACCACGCUGAACCCGGAGACAAGGCUGCUGAAGCAGUUGGUGGUGGAUGAUGCUGGUGAAUCGAACGUCGUCUUUUCCUCUCUCAUGGGUGCCCGGGUAAACCCCUGACUAGUGGACUCUCAUAUGUGAAUUAAAUCUCUUUAACUAGUUGACUCUCACCAAACCAUCACUUUAACCCAAAACCUUAGACCCUAGAUGAUAAACCUUAAGCAGUCACAUCAUAUGAACCCAAAACCCUACAUCCAAAACUUGAACCCUAAAUUACAUACACUAAGCCUUGAACGUUCAACCCUAGACCCUAGAUGAUGAACCUUAAGCGGUCACAACAUAUGAACUCAAAACCCUACGUCCAAAACUUGAACCCUAAACUUCCUACCGCAAGCCCUGAACCUUAAACAUUAAGCCCUAGAUGAGAAACCUUAACCGGACACAGCAUUAUAUUUUCACGUCGGUUUUUGCAUAUUGAUGGGUAAUCCGUUAGGUGGACGUGAGGAAGGAGCUCAUACAGAAUUCAGCGAGCCUGAUCAAUUUGGAGCAUCUCGACAUCUGA